AUGCAGUGGUAUACGAUAUUCUCACUAGCUGUUCUUCCAUGCUGUUUGUUAGCAGCUAGUUCUUUAACAGUUGUAAUCGACCUUAAUGAGAAGUUCUUGGAUGUUAGUAAUGAAGGAUUUUGGAUUGUAAAGCGAGUGUUUUACAGUUUCCGCCAAGGGCGCAGGAUAGAAUAUUAUGGAGAACGUAGCAAAGAGGCUCUGUUUAACUUUGUCGUCAAAAGUUCAGCGCCAGUUAUAGAGAAAAUCAGUGCUGCGAGAAUCAAUGAUAUAAGACGAGACUCUCGGAACGACCCUUCUUUCGUCUUGGUUGGUGAGGAAAAAGAUGAGAUUAAUAGCGAGUUCGAAAAGAUUGCUGAUUCACUGUUUUCCAAGACAAGAUUUUUCGCUGCCAGUCCCUCUUCGGUUCCGGCAACGCUUCGAGAGUCCAACGCAAGGGUAGCCGUGUUCAAAGAUGAUGCUUUCUUUCCAUACCAUGGCUCUGCCGAAGGGCUAAAGAGCUGGAUUAUGGCAGAACGAUGGCCAUUGAUACCCCGUGCAUCGGCCACAAAUCUAGGAGAUCUGGCCACCACUAGGAAGCUGCUCGUACUUGUAAUAUGUACUGAGCUUGAGAGAUACAAUCAAUCAUCGCCUAUUGGAGUUUUUUACGAAAAGGCACGUGGUGCAGCAGAAGACUUACGCAAAUCUCACGAUUUAUCGUCACGGUAUCAGUUUGCAUGGCUUGACGGUCCGGAAAUUGUUACCAGUAUAGUGAUGAGCCAUAUGGAGGCUCCUGGUCGUUGUAUUAUGCCUUUUUAUUAUUUUUUUCGCAUGAUUGUAUUGAAUUACACAACAUACGAAUAUUUUCUGAACGAAGAUGACCCGGAGAAGGUCACCCGUGCAUCAAUCAUUACAUGGCUUAGCAAUCUUGCUGACGGAAUUGAGAAAGGAACAGUCACUGCGCUGGGAGGACGUUCCUUGCCAGUUCGGAUACGACGAAUGAUUUUUGAAAUCUACCUUAACAUUACACAAAUGUUUGCCACACAACCGUUAUUAUCGUCGGUUCUUUUUGGAAUGCCGAUCGCAUUUCUCAGUAUUAUUUGUUAUAGUAUCUGCUCAGCAGACUUCAGUGUUGAUAGAGAAGAGUUCUACCCAGAUGAUGAAGACGAGGAUUACAACGAUGAAGGAGAAGAGUCAGAAACUACCCAUCUGGUUGACCCAAAUCAUGCCAAAAAUGAGUAA